CUACACAGCUGGUUCUAUCAUUACUUAGAACUGUGAGGAUCAACAUAGACACCAGAGGGCCAACAUGCUUUUUCUCUUGCUCUUAAAGUACAUUUUUCUUUUGAGAGGAGCUCACGCGAUAUAAAGUAUGUAUCACUUUUUGUGCCACGCACUUAUUGAGAGGCUUGUGAUGUUUGGGUUUCAAAGCAUUCCCGUUUGAGGUUCACCUAACCCAGGAUUGAUGGUAUGAGAGGAUAACCAAUGCCAGAUGUGUGGGAGAAAAAUCUGACUGAUUUCAUUUGAAUGAACAUCGACCUUCAGUAUUACUCUUUGCUUGCAAAGGCAAGUUCAUGCUAAAUCUAUGAGCAAUAACUGGUUAGCUUAUCCCCAUAGCAGUCUGCAUGUUUAUGGGAGGUCGGAUAGAGACAUAGAGCCAGUUAAAGGCAACUCAGUUCAGUUUCAAGUUCAGUUCCGAGUUCCAAGCUUUACCAACACAACGGGAGGCGUGAGGCUCUUCCAGAAGGACUGGACAUGGCCACAGGGGUGUAUAUCUCAAAGUUCCUGGCCAUAGCCAUAGUGGUGUUGACCGUCUCAUCUAUUGGUGGAAUAAUUACAAUGAUUAUUGUGUAUGAGAACGAAAGAAUCAAGACACAACCUACAGCACCACCAACACCUAAUGCCACUACUCCGUAUCCAACUGGACCACCACCCAACAUGAGACUCCCUGGAAACCUGAUUCCAGAGAGCUAUGACAUCGUACUACAGCCUCACCUCUACAUCGUGAUGAACAACACUAACAAUCAAUCUCUCAUCUUCACUGGAAACUCCACUGUGUAUUUUAGAUGUGUGGAGAACACCAAAACUAUCGUCCUUCACAGUAAAGAACAGAAUGUGACUGCUGUAAAGGUGACAGAUCUUGACAAGGGAAAGAUCAUCAAAGUUGACAACACCAUACUGUAUAGUAAUGAAAGUAACUUCUUAGAGAUUAGACUGGACAGUGUUUUAGUUGAAGAUGGGAACUACAGUCUCUUUACUGCAUUUGAGGGGGAGCUCCUUGAUGAUCUGGCUGGUUUUUACAUGAGUUCAUACAAAAAAGGGCCAAGCACAGAGGAUGACACUGAAAGGUAAGGGUUUCUUUGAUAACUACUGAGAAACUAAAACUAUGAAUGAUUUGUUGUCAAACAUAUAUGAAAGGAAUGCUGUGAGAUGGAAAUUAGACUUGACUUAUAUGAAAACCCAUUUACAGGUGGUUCGGGAAUGAAACGAUCAUCGUGGAGCUUGAUGAAAGGUAAUACAUGUACAAGUCUGAUAAUAUAUGUUUGCAUCAACAGCAUUACAUAACUGGAUUGAUCACAAACCACCACCCUAAACAGUGUUCCGGUUGGAUAGAGCUUUCUCUGUCUGAUAAAGGCAUGAUUACAUGGGCAAUUUACAGGUGAUAGUGGUGUAGUGACCUUUUGAUAAUAAGGCAAGCACACUCCUGAACCUUAAAAAAGUUUAGACCUCUUGACAGGGAGGCUACAUACUUCCCCUGUAUCAUCAUGAGGCAGAACACUUUGUACACCCCAACUAAAACAGGGAUGCACAUCCAACAAAGGCCUGACAGACUAUGGGAUAAUUUGCCCCUCUGCCACCAAUGUAGUAAUUGAGGGGGACAGCCAGGGCAGGGCUUGAACCACAUACCUUGCAAUUACAAGGCAGACACAUUGCUCUACCUACUGUGUCAUUAGGUCAGACCUCUUGUUAGAGGCUGUUAUAUGGUUACAUUUAGGAGUCUGGCAGGAAAGAUAAUUACUCUGUUUCAUAAGUCCUCACGGGUUUGAUCAGCAGUGCUUCCUUGAAAUAAAUUAGUAGUGGCCAGUACUAAGCAACCAGAAAGCAACCUGAAACCACCUCAUCAUUACACCUUGACACAUUCAUAUGUGAUUGUUUCCAUGCUGUAAAUCAGUGACCUGCUAGUUUAUAGACCACUGUGCUUGAACAGAGAUCGAAUACAAAGUUUAUCAUGGUUUGUAUUCUAUUGCACUCUGUUUCCUUAAAAAAACAUGAUUUGCUUACAGAUGGAAUUCCAAUUUCUUAAAAAAUACCCCAAAGUGGCUUCUUCAGCGGACAUGUGUACAGAUGUAUACAACAUGUCCCUACAAAUGGGACUAUAUUUCUUUAUUUCUUGUCAUAUCAAAUCACCCAGCAGUUGUUCAGGCCUGGCUCAUAUUUAUAUGUUCAACUUAAAAGUGUUUAUUGUAAAAAGACCUCCUGGGAUAAUGUUGCACAUUUUUCCUCUGUUCACUUCACCAACAGCUUUGCUUCACAUUCCUUGAAUAGAUUAGGACACUCAUUUGAGACAUUGUUACUUCCUCAGUGGCUUUACAAUUACAGUCCUGUAUUGCAAAAAAUGUCCAUCACUGUUCAUACUGUAGCUGCAUAGACAUUGGAAGCGUGGAUAAUUUGAAAUACUGAAAAAGCUAAUUGAAUCAAAAUUAACUAACAAGCAACUCUUUUCUGUAUUGUAUUGCUGUUGUUACACUGUUAUUCAAUUCCAGUUGUAAUAUUUAUCCUAUUUUUCAACAAAUACUUUCCACAGAUUCAUCGCUACUAGCCAAAUGCAACCAACCGACGCCAGGAAAGUAUUUCCUUGUUUCGAUGAGCCAGCCAUGAAGGCUACAUUUAGAGUCACUAUCAUCCAUAGGCCUGGCACGACAGCACUAGCAAAUGGGAAAGUCAUAGGUGAGAAUCACAUUUCAUACUAUUGUCAUACUAGGUCAUGUUAACCCACCUUCUAAAAGGCGCCUUACAUUCAUAUGUACCCUUACAAAAAGGUUGUACAGGAAUCCUGCAGGAAAAAUCCUGCAUAAUACAGUACAUAUCCUGCAGGAAUAGGAUGUCCUGCAGCAUAUCCCACAGGAUUUUCGGGGCCACUUUCCUUUAGGACAAUUCCUGUAGGAAUCCUGCAGGUACAGUGAGCUCCAGAAGUAUUGGGACAAUGACAAUUUUGUUGUUGUUUUGGCUCUGUAAUGAUACAAUGACUAUGAAAUGAUAAAAUGACUGAGGUUAAAGUGCAGAUUGUCAGCUUUCAUUUGAGGGUACUUUCUGAAAUUACAGCACUUUUUGUACAUAGUCCCCCCAUUUUAGGGGACCAAAAGUAUUGGGACGAAUUCACUUACAGUACCAGUCAAAAGUUUGGACACACCUACUCAUUCAAGGGUUUUUCUUUAUUUGUACUAUGUUCUACAUUGUAGAAUAAUAUUGAAGACAUCAAAACUAUGAAAUAACACAUAUGGAAUCAUGUAGUAACCAAAAAAGUGUUAAACAACUAAAAAUAUAUUUUAUAUUUGAGAUUCUUCAAAUAGCCACCAUUUGCCUUGAUGACAGCUUUGCACACUCUUGGCAUUCUCUCAACCGGCUUCACCAGGAAUGCUUUCCCAACAGUCUUGAAGGAGUUCCCACAUAUGCUGAGCACUUGUUGGCUGCUUUUCCUUCACUCUGGGGUCCGACUCAUCCCAAACCAUCUCAAUUGGGUUGAGGUCGGGGGAUUGUGGAGGCCAGAUCAUCUGAUGCAGCACUCCAUCAUUCUCCUUCUUGGUAAAAUAGCCCUUACACAGCCUGGAGGUGUGUUGGGUCAUUGUCCUGUUGAAAAACAAAUGAUAGUCCCACUAAGCCCAAACCAGAUGGGAUGGCGUAUCGCUGCAUGCUGUGGUAACCAUGCUGGUUAAGUGUGCUGAAUUCUAAAUAAAUCACAGACAGUGUCACCAGCAAAGAACCCCCACACCAUAACACCACCUCCUCCAUGCUUUACGGUGGGAAAUACACAUGCAGAGAUCAUCCGUUCACCUACACCGCGUCUCACAAAGACACGGCGGUUGGAAUAAAAAAUCUCCAAUUUGGACUCAAGACCAAAGGACAAAUUUACACUGGUCUUAUGUCCAUUGCUCGUGUUUCUUGGGCCAAGCAGGUCUCUUCUUCUUAUUGGUGUCCUUUAGUAGUGGUUUCUUUGCAACAAUUCGACCAUGAAGGCCUGAUUCACGCAGUCCCCUCUGAACAGUUGAUGUUGAGAUGUGUCUGUGACUUGAACUCUGUGAAGCAUUUAUUUGGGUUGCAAUUUCUGAGGCUGGUAACUCUAAUGAACUUAUCCUCUGCAGCAGAGGUAACUCUGGGUCUUCCAUUCCUGUGGCGGUCCUCAUGAGAGCCAGUUUCAUCAUAGCGCUUGAUGGUUUUUGCGACUGCACUUGAAGAAACUUUCACAAUUCUUGACAUUUUCCGUAUUGACUGACCUUCAUGUCUUAAAGUAAUGAUGGACUGUCGUUUCUCUUUGCUUAUUUGAGCUGUUCUUGCCAUAAUAUGGACUAGGUCUUUUACCAAAUACGGCUAUCUUCUGUAUACCACCCCUACCUUGUCACAACACAACUGAUUGGCUCAAACGCAUUAAGAAGGAAAUAAAUUCCACAAUUAACUUUCAAGAAGGCACACCUGUUAAUUGAAAUGCAUUCCAGGUGACUACCUCAUGAAGCUGGUUGAGAGAAUGCCAAGUGUGUGCAAAGCUGUCAUCAAGGCAAAGGGUGGCUAUUUGAAGAAUCUAAAAUAUAUUUUGAUUUGUUUAACACUUUUUUGGUUACUACAUGAUUCCAUAUGUGUUAUUUCAUAGUUUUGAUGUCUUCACUAUUAUUCUACAAUGUAGAAAAUAGUAAAAAUAAAGAAAAACCCUUGAAUGAGUAGGUGUGUCCAAACUUCUGACUGGUAGUGUAUAUGCGUAUUAAAGUAUUUGGUCCUAUAUUCAUAGCACGCAAUGACUGGUAAAUAAUGUAUUGUGUCAUUUUGGAGUCACUUCUAUUGUAACUAAGAAUAGAAUAUCUUUCUAAAACUUUUACAUUAAUGUGGAUGCCACCAUUAUUACGGAUACUCCUGAAUUAAUCGUGAAUAAUGAUGAGUGAGAAAGUUACAGACGCACAAAUACAGUGGGGAAAAAAAGUAUUUAGUCAGCCACCAAUUGUGCAAGUUCUCCCACUUAAAAAGAUGAGAGAGGCCUGUAAUUUUCAUCAUAGGUACACGUCAACUAUGACAGACAAAAUGAAGAAGAAAAAAAUCCAGAAAAUCACAUUGUAGGAUUUUUAAUGAAUUUAUUUGCAAAUUAUGGUGGAAAAUAAGUAUUUGGUCAAUAACAAAAGUUUCUCAAUACUUUGUUAUAUACCCUUUGUUGGCAAUGACACAGGUCAAACGUUUUCUGUAAGUCUUCACAAGGUUUUCACACACUGUUGCUGGUAUUUUGGCCCAUUCCUCCAUGCAGAUCUCCUCUAGAGCAGUGAUGUUUUGGGGCUGUCGCUGGGCAACACAGACUUUCAACUCCCUCCAAAGAUUUUCUAUGGGGUUGAGAUCUGGAGACUGGCUAGGCCACUCCAGGACCUUGAAAUGCUUCUUACGAAGCCACUCCUUCGUUGCCCGGGCGGUGUGUUUGGGAUCAUUGUCAUGCUGAAAGACCCAGCCACGUUUCAUCUUCAAUGCCCUUGCUGAUGGAAGGAGGUUUUCACUCAAAAUCUCACGAUACAUGGCCCCAUUCAUUCUUUCCUUUACACGGAUCAGUCGUCCUGGUCCCUUUGCAUAAAAACAGCCCCAAAGCAUGAUGUUUCCACCCCCAUGCUUCACAGUAGGUAUGGUGUUCUUUGGAUGCAACUCAGCAUUCUUUGUCCUCCAAACACGACGAGUUGAGUUUUUACCAAAAAGUUCUAUUUUGGUUUCAUCUGGUUCUGGGAUUUUUGCUCACCGUUCUUGUGAUCAUUUUGACCCCACGGGGUGAGAUCUUGCGUGGAGCCCCAGAUCGAGGGAGAUUAUCAGUGGUCUUAUAUGUCUUCCAUUUCCUAAUAAUUGCUCCCACAGUUGAUUUCUUCAAACCAAGCUGCUUACCUAUUGCAGAUUCAGUCUUCCCAGCCUGGUGCAGGUCUACAAUUUUGUUUCUGGUGUCCUUUGACAGCUCUUUGGUCUUGGCCAUAGUGGAGUUUGGAGUGUGACUGUUUGAGGUUGUGGACAGGUGUCUUUUAUACUGAUAACAAGUUCAAACAGGUGCCAUUAAUACAGGUAACGAGUGGAGGACAGAGGAGCCUCUUAAAUAAGAAGUUACAGGUCUGUGAGAGCCAGAAAUCUUGCUUGUUUGUAGGUGACCAAAUACUUAUUUUCCACCAUAAUUUGCAAAUAAAAUCAUAAAAAAUCCUACAAUGUGAUUUUCUGGAUUUUUUUUCCUCAAUUUUGUCUGUCAUAGUUGACGUGUACCUAUGAUGAAAAUUACAGGCCUCUCUCAUCUUUUUAAGUGGGAGAACUUGCACAAUUGGUGGCUGACUAAAUACUUUCUUCCCCCACUGUAUCUUACCCCCCCCCCAAAAAUGCUAACCUCCCCUGUUAUUGUAAUGGUGAGAGGUUAUAAUGUCUUGGGGGUAUGAUAUUUGUGCGUCUGUAACUUUCUCACUCAUCAUUAUUCACGAUUCAUUCAGGAUUAUCCGUAAUCAUGGUAGUAUCCACAUUAAUGUAGAAGUAUUUAGAAAGAUAUUGAAUUCUUAUUUACAAUAAAAGUGACUCCAAAAUGACACAAUACAUUAUUUACCAUUUAUUUCUAUUUGGCACAAAAUAAUCUGAAACACAACCAAAACAAACAGCAAAUGCAUCCAACAAAUUUGUACAGUCUCAAGCUUGAUGUAGUCACUGCGUGCUACGAAUAUAGGACCAAAUACUUAACUUUUGACUACUUUAAUACACAUAUACAGUGAGGGAAAAAAGUAUUUGAUCCCCUGCUGAUUUUGUACGUUUGUCCACUGACAAAGACAUGACCAGUCUAUAAUUUUAAUGGUAGGUUUAUUUGAACAGUGAGAGACAGAAUAACAACAAAAAAAUCCAGAAAUAAACGCAUGUCAAAAAUGUUAUCAAUUGAUUUGCAUUUUAUUGAGGGAAAUAAGUAUUUGACCUCCUCUCAAUCAGAGAGAUUUCUGGCUCCCAGGUCUCUUUUAUACAGGUAACGGGCUGAGAUUAGGAGAACACUCUUAAAGGGAGUGCUCCUAAUCUCAGUUUGUUACCUGUAUAAAAGACAGCAGGGGAUCAAAUACUUUUUUCCCUCACUGUAAGUGAAUUUGUCCCAAUACUUUUGGUCCCCUAAAAUGGAGGGAUAAUGUACAAAAAGUGCUGUAAUUUCUAAAGGGUUCACCCGAUAUGGAUAGAAAUACCCUCAAAUUAAAGCUGACAGUCUUUAAUCUCAUAGUCAUUGUAUCAUUUCAAAUCCAAAGUGCUAUAGCACAGAGCCUAAACGACAACAAAAAAUUGACUGUCCCAAUACUUUUGAAACUGUAGCCCUUCUGGAAAACAAUAUGCUAUACUGUAUAUUCAAAAAUGUAGACAUACAUUUAUGACUUCUCAUUAAAUUCCCCAUUUUAUAUGCAGGACUUUUUGUAAACAAUAAUUCACAGAUUAUGAGGCUAAUGCAUGCAUAUACUGUGCCUGUUCUUUUAGCUUAUAUUGAGUAUUUACUGUAGAUACUAUUGUGUAAUGAGUGUCAAAACAAAACUCUUUCCUUUCAUACUAUCAAAGUCAUCAAGUACAGAGUCUUUUUUAUUCCUUUUAGGUACAACCCUUGAGGAUAUCGAUGGAGAGACCUGGGAAGUCACUCGCUUUCAAACGACUAAGAAAAUGUCAACUUACCUCUUAGCUUUCACAGUGUCUGAUUUCGAAUCCAUAGGAUCUACACAUGAAAGAGUUGACAUUAAGGUAUGUAGCUGUAGUUGUUGAAUCAUAACUGUAAUAGUGCAUUAUAUCAACAAAAUGACUUGUAUUUUGUUGCAUAGAUAUAACAAGGACCAUGUGAAAAGGUUUGUAUUUCAAUAGCCAUAUCAAAGAAAGUUAAUACUGUAGUAAAUUACAUAUAAAUGGCAAUUCUCUCUAGAUUCCAGCUAAACCGCUAUACUAUUUAAAUGUAUUCAGUUUAGACUACACUGCUGAUUUUCAUGGUAGAGAUGUUUUUACUCACCAAAUCAUAUUGAUAUGAUACUAAAACUCACUUUUUUAUUUUCUGUUCGGUUUGUUAAAGACGUAUGCUCGACCGGAGGCCAUAAAAUCUGGACAUGCAAAGUAUGCUGCAAGUAUCACUGGAAAUAUUCUGGCGUUCUAUGAGAGUCCUGGAGUAUUUAAAAUGAAUUAUCCUUUGAGCAAGCUAGGUAUGUAUGGGCAUGAUUGCAUCAUAACGAUGUAAAAUAAGCAUGGGUUAAUCAUAACAUCGCAAGUGUUCAACAAAGAUGAAUUGUCAUAAAAUCCAUCUAAUCAAUUUAAUUAUUUACUCCAUACAUAAACUGUCCAAAACAAAGUAAGAAGGUGAAAUUCAAUUAAAUCAUCAGCUGAAAUUUAAUCAACCAGCUACAACCAAAGCUUGGAAAUGGAAUAGAAUAUAAAAUAACCUAUUUUCAGUGGUGUAAAGUACUUAUGGGGGGGAAAAAAGUAUUUAGUCAGCCACCAAUUGUGCAAGUUCUCCCACUUAAAAAGAUGAGAGAGUUCUGUAAUUUCCAUCAUAGGUACACGUCAACUAUGACAGACAAAUUGAGAAGAAAAAAAAUCCAGAAAAUCACAUUGUAGGAUUUUUUAUGAUUUUAUUUGCAAAUUAUGGUGGAAAGUAAGUAUUUGGUCACCUACAAACAAGCAAGAUUUCUGGCUCUCACAGACCUGUAACUUCUUCUUUAAGAGGCUCCUCUGUCCUCCACUCGUUACCUGUAUUAAUGGCACCUGUUUGAACUUGUUAUCAGUAUAAAAGACACCUGUCCACAACCUCAAACAGUCACACUCCAAACUCCACUAUGGCCAAGACCAAAGAGCUGUCAAAGGACACCAUAAACAAAAUUGUAGACCUGCACUAGGCUGGGAAGACUGAAUCUGCAAUAGGGAAGCAGCUUGGUUUGAAGAAAUCAACUGUGGGAGCAAUUAUUAGGAAAUGGAAGACAUACAAGACCACUGAUAAUCUCCCUCGAUCUGGGGCUCCACGCAAGAUCUCACCCUGUGGGGUCAAAAUGAUCACAAGAACGGUGAGCAAAAAUCCCAGAACCACACGGGGGGACCUAGUGAAUGACCUGCAGAGAGCUGGGACCAAAGUAACAAAGCCUACCAUCAGUAACACACUACGCCGCCAGGGACUCAAAUCCUGCAGUGCCAGACGUGUCCCCCUGCUUAAGCCAGUACAUGUCCAGGCCCGUCUGAAGUUUGCUAGAGUGCAUUUGGAUGAUCCAGAAAAGGAUUGGGAGAAUGUCAGAUGAAACCAAAAUAUAACUUUUUGGUAAAAACUCAACUCGUCGUGUUUGGAGGACAAAGAAUGCUGAGUUGCAUCCAAAGAACACCAUACCUACUGUGAAGCAUGGGGGUGGAAACAUCAUGCUUUGGGGCUGUUUUUCUGCAAAGGGACCAGGACGACUGAUCCGUGUAAAGGAAAUAAUGAAUGGGGCCAUGUAUCGUGAGAUUUUGAGUGAAAACCUCCUUCCAUCAGCAAGGGCAUUGAAGAUGAAACAUGGCUGGGUCUUUCAGCAUGACAAUGAUCCCAAACACACCGCCCGGGCAACGAAGGAGUGGCUUCGUAAGAAGCAUUUCAAGGUCCUGGAGUGGCCUAGCCAGUCUCCAGAUCUCAACCCCAUAGAAAAUCUUUGGAGGGAGUUGAAAGUCUGUGUUGCCCAGCGACAGCCCCAAAACAUCACUGCUCUAGAGGAGAUCUGCAUGGAGGAAUGGGCCAAAAUACCAGCAACAGUGUGUGAAAACCUUGUGAAGACUUACAGAAAACGUUUGACCUGUGUCAUUGCCAACAAAGGGUAUAUAACAAAGUAUUGAGAAACUUUUGUUAUUGACCAAAUACUUAUUUUCCACCAUAAUUUGCAAAUAAAUUCAUUAAAAAUCCUACAAUGUGAUUUUCUGGAUAUUUUUUCCUCAUUUUGUCUGUCACAGUUGACGUGUACCUAUGAUGAAAAUUACAGGCCUCUCUCAUCUUUUUAAGUGGGAGAACUUGCACAAUUGCUGGCUGACUAAAUACUUUUUUUCCCCACUGUAAAAAUACUUUAAAGUACUACUUAAGUCGUUUUUUGGGGGUAUCUGUACUUUACUUUAAUAUUUAUAAUUUUUACAACUUUUACUUUUACUUCACUACAUUCCUAAAGAAAAUUAUGUACUUUUUACUACAUACAUUUUCCCUGACACCCAAAAGUACUCUUUACAUUUUGAAUGCUUAGCCGGACAGGAAAAUGGUCCAAUUCAUGCACUUAUCAAGAGAACGUCCCUGGUCAACCCUAUUGCAUCUGAUCUGGCGGACUCAUAGCACACAUGCUUUGUUUGUAAAUUAUGUCUGAGUGUUGGAGUGUGCCCCUGGCUAUCUGUAAAAAAAUAAAACAGAAAUAUGGUGCUGUCUUGUUUGCUUACUAUAAGGAAUUUUAAAUGAUUUUUACUUUUGAUACUUAAGUAUAUUUUUUACAUUACAUUUACUUUUGAUAUUUAAGUAUAUUUAAAAUCAAAUACUUUUACUUGAGUCAUUUUAUAUUAAGGUGUCUUUUACUUUUACUCAAGUAUGAAGAUUGGGUACUUUUUCCACAACUGCCUAUUUUCUAUCUACUUUAGAUCAGAUUGCUCUACCAGACUUCAGCGCAGGUGCCAUGGAGAAUUGGGGCUUGGUAACAUAUCGUGAGACAGCUCUGCUAUAUGAGGAAGGGGUGUCCUCCACAUCAAACAAAGAGUGGAUUGCCACAGUUAUUGCACAUGAGCUUGCCCAUCAGGUACAAAACUCAAAAUUACUAUUUCAAAAUGUAAUAUAUGUAUUAAUGUAAAGAGAACUACAAUUAAUUAAAAACAUGAUCUUGCAUUGUAGUGGCAUUCACUGUAACGCCACCUAAAUCUGUUGUUUUCAGUGGUUUGGAAACCUGGUGACAAUGAAAUGGUGGAAUGACCUGUGGCUGAAUGAGGGAUUUGCAACAUAUAUAUCCUAUAUGGGAGUGGAUCAUAUUGAGCCAACAUGGAACAUAGUAUGUCCCCAUCAACUUAUUAAUAACUGUAUAUUUGUUCUGCAUCUGUUGCAUCAGAUUGCAAAUUGUAGUAACACUUCUAAGAGGCUUCUUUUCAUUUGGUCUCUGAUUCUUUUGUUUUUCCAGAAAGAUCUGAUUGUUCUAAAUGACAUCCAGACUGUAUUUCAAGUGGAUUCGUUGGCCUCAUCCCAUCCCCUAAGCUCUAAAGAGGAUGAUGUUCAAACUUCUAGUGACAUCACUCAACUUUUCGAUUCCAUCACCUACAGCAAGGUCUGGUUGUGACAGAGCCCCAUGGGGGAAGAGAGAUGAUAUCAAAAAUGUUUCUUUUUAACAUUGAACAGGAAUGUUCUAUAUAGUGAAGGAAUUAGUUUAUAUAAUCUAUUAAUAUUAACAUAUCUUCACUCUUCAGGGGGCAGCUGUGCUGAGAAUGCUCGCAGAUUAUCUGGAUGAGAGGGUAUUUCUGAAUGGUCUGAGAGUAAGUACAACUAUGUCUCUGUCCAUUAAUGUGUAGAAUGGCUUAUUGUCAGUGUGUGGAACAUCUAUGUUGUAUAUUUGUAAUUUUCCACAUGGAUGUAUCAAAACUAAUGGGAACCUUUUGUGGAUCAAUAAUCAAUUACCUUUUUGUCAAAUUCUUAAGAGUGUGUGUAAAUACUAUUGUUUCAAAAUGUUUCAGAAAUAUCUUCAGGCUUUCCAGUACAGUAAUACUGUACACAAGGACCUGUGGGAAUAUUUACAAGAGGUAAAAGCUGAUAGUUUUACUAGGCCUAUCAACACAACAUUAGUAUAUGUAAUUGUGUGCUUUCAAGCAUGUAAAAUUUAUAAAAUGCUUUAGUGGCAUGAAUACAUUGUAUAAAAUGCUAAUGACAAAAACAUUCUAGGCGGUGGACGAGGACAGCGGCCACAUUAAAGUUGCUGAAGUCAUGGACACUUGGACAAAGCAAAUGGGCUACCCAGUCAUCACCAUCAACACCACCAAUGGGGCAGUUUCUCAAGAACAUUUCCUCCUAAAUCAAACAUCUGACUACGAGUAAGUCCUGCACUAUGUCAAGAAACACCACAGAGAGAGAAAACAAAUAUAACAGGUUUCCUGAACCACUGAUUGUCCCCUCCGUGUAGAAUUAGAUGCCCAUAUGACUGACCUUGUGAAAUCCUGUGCUUGGUCCGUCCCCCACAGCAGGUGUGGAGUUCAAACCCAGGCUACUCCACCUCUUGUUCUCUAAGCAAUGGAUUGUUGCUAGAGUACUCUGACAGACAUUUCCACUCAACAGUUUUAGAGUAACACUUUAAUUGAACUAUAAGCCAUAACAGCGUCAUACUAUUAUCAUGAACAUGACAUAAUGAAUGUCAUAAGAUGACAAGACAGUGUCAUUUUUCAUACAUCAGAAACAGUUAUGACAUAUGUUGACAUAACAGCUUAUGUUGCUUACUCACCUAAAAAGUGUUGCUAAAAUUGUUAGUCGUAACACCUGUCAUAACCGUUUCCAAUGCAUGCAAAAUGACACUGCCAUGCCAUUCAGUUAUGACAUGUUUACAACAAUAUUAUGACACUGUUAUCAUUUCAAAUGAAGUGUUACUAUAGUAUAUUAUUACAGUUUUGAUUGGAUUACAUUGUAAUGAAUUAGGCCUACAAUGAAGCAUUUUAUUAGCAUAUGUGAAUAUAGCUGUAGGUCAUAAUAUUAUGUCAAUAUAUUGUUUAGGAACUUUUUCUCUUUCAUUAGUUUUGAAUGGCAUGUCCCAAUCAGAGUGAUGAAGGAAGGUGAACCCAUAAAACUAGUUACACUGGCAAAAAAAUAUCAAGGUAAGGAAUAUUUAAUUGAAUGUACUAUGUACAAUUGUUAAUGUUUGUCUUAGUAUCACUUUAUGAGUAACCUCGUCCCCAGGCUAAAUGAGAGAGAUGAUCUGAUGAGCUAUAUUAUGUACAGUAAUUCUCCAUUAUAGAUAGACUGAACAUGGCAAAUAUACUGUAUAAUGUAUGAUAAUAGCAAACCCAACUAAUUAAAUGGUGCUAGUCAUUAGUUCUGUCAAUAAAAACCUAAUUGAGGGAAAAUGUAACUCUCAUGUUCUGAAUUUGCUCAACAGUACUGAUGCCAGAUUACCUGUCUGAAGAUGGCAAGUGGGUGCUUGCCAACAUAAACUGUAUGGGAUAUUUCAGAGUCAACUAUGAUCCAGUGAAUUGGGAUAGACUGCUCUCUCAGCUGGAAAUGAAUAUUCACGUAAGUCUUCCUCAUUUGUGUAGAACAGUAUUGUCCAUACAGUCCAAGUCAGACACGAAACAGAGCACAUUAUAUAUUGCUAGUGCUUAGAAGGCUGUUCCUGUGCAUUAUCAAAGCAGCCUGUUGAUCCAAAAUAAACAAUGUAGCAUAUUCUGAGAAGACUAGGUAAUAUUUUGUUAAGAAAUAUUUGGAGAGAAUGUGCUGGAAAAGGUUUUUGUGAGUACAUUCUUCAAAUCAAAUGUAUUCGUCACGUUAACAGUUUACAGCAGGUUUAAAAGGUGCAGCAAAAUGCCUUGUGUGCUAGCUCCCUCAAAAUUGCAGUACAACCCCCUCCUCCCCCUCCUCAGUUGGGGUCUCAACAUACUGUUGAGAGUAAGCUAGAAUAGUAGUACUCAAGGUGCAAGUUAGAAAUUUGAUUGUGCAUCAGCAAUUUUCUCUUGCUAUGUCAGUCACUGACAACCACUCAAUUAGCCAUGUCGGCUAACAAUUUUUAGAUUGGUAAGUUAGUCAGCCAGCUAUCUGAACUUGUAGUAAUCAUGGCCAAAUACUGACCGGUCACGCAGGGCACGUGCCCAGGGGCCCUGACCUCCAGGGGGCCCACAUUGAUUUUGUUAGUCACUCUCACUCAGAUAUCAUAAUCAUGGCAAAAUGUGUAGAAUUGCAGGAAAUGUGCUUUAAAACUGAAGAAACGUCUCUCCACCACAUGGCAAAAUGUGUAGAAUUGCAGGGAAUUGGCUAUAAGACUGACAUUUAUUUAUCUCUGCCCCAUGGCAAAAUCAGUAGAAUUGCAUGUACAUUUUCAUAAAAUUGUAACUACCCCCCCAGCAAAAUGUGUAGAAUUUCAGGUUGGUAAGUUAGUCAGCCAGCUAUCUGAACUUGUAGUAAUCAUGGUCAAAUACCGACCGGUCACGCAGGGCUCGUGCCCAGGGGCCCUGACCUCCAGGGGGCCCACAUUGAUUUUGUUAGUCACUCUCACUCAGAUAUCAUUAACAUGGCAUAAUCAUGGCAAAAUGUGUAGAAUUGCAGGAAAUGUGCUUUAAAACUGAAAAAAACUUCUCUCCACCACAUGGCAAAAUGGGUAGAAUUGCAGGGAAUUGGCUAUAAGACUGACAUUUAUUUAUCUCUGCCCCAUGGCAAAAUCAGUAGAAUUGCAUGACCAUUUUUAUAAAAUUGUAACUCCCCCCCCCCCCCCCCCCCCCCCCCCCCCCUGUGUAGAAUUUCAGGAAAUUUCAGAAAGGGGGGCAACCAAAUCUGGCUUAGGGCCCCCAAAAGGCUAGAGCCAGCCCUGUGUACACAAUAGGUUAUACAGUAUAGAUCAUGAUUGUGUUAUAAUAAUAAUAUGCCAUUUAGCAGACGCUUUUAUCCAAAGAGACUUACAGUCAUGCGUGCAUAAUUUUUUUUGUGUAUGGGUGGUCCCAGGGAUCGAACCCACUACCCUGUCGUUACAAGCGCCGUGCUCUACCAGCUGAGCUACAGAGGACCAUGUCAAGUAUGACUGUAUUUCAUAGGCGAAAUUGCCACAGGGAAUGGGGGGACAGUUCCCCCCCCAAUAUUCAGAACAGGUCGAUUGGUCCCCCCCAAUAAUUUAUUCAAAAAAUAUUUACAAAAUAUUUGUUGUAGCAUAUGAAUACGUCAUAAGCAAUGGCAAAAUUUGUAGAAUUGCAGGAAAUUAGCUUUAAAGUAACUGUUCAGUGUUUCCAGAUUUCUAUGAAAUAUGACUAAUUAAUUACAGUAUGAGUGAAAUUGUUUUCCUACCAAGAAAUCGUAAUUAAGUAUGUUAAAAAAAGCAGCUUUUCUGUGUUGGAAUGGUGUGGGCGUACCUCAACAACAGAAUGGUGUGGGCGUACCUCAACAACAGAAUGGUGUGGGCGUACCUCAACAACAGAAUGGUGUGGGCAAUACCGGUCAUAAAAAAUAUUAAUGCAAGUAGACCACUGAUUAGCCAGCUCAUCCUCCUCAGGAGGGUGACAUCGUCCUCUAUGAGGAAAUAGCACACAUUUUUUAAAUGGUCUGUUUGAGAUACAAGUUUGAGUUGGGGGAUUUUAAGUGUUUUUUCUGCUUUGGAGAUUUUCACUGGACAGUUACUUUACCCCAUGGCAAAAUGUAUAGAAUAGCAGGAAAUUAGCUUUAAAACUGCAACAUUUUCUCUCAGCCUCAUGACAAAAUGUGUAGAGUAACAUUAUAAAACUGCAGAUUGUUCUCUCUGUCCCAUGGCAAAAUGUGUUGAAAUGUUAGCUGUUUUCCUGAUUUUUCCCUUUUUUGGGGGGGUUGUGGGGGCCUUACACUUAUACUGUGUUUUCAAAAUACCCCUCCAUAUACCCCUCAAAAUACCCCUCGAGAGGCAUAAUAAGUAAUGUCAAACUGUGUAGAGUUGCAGGAAAUGCGUUUUAAAAUGUCAACAACAAAAAUCUGGGGGAGGACUACCCCCGAGCCCGUCUAUUGUUCGUCCCCCCCAAUAUCUACACCACAAUUUCGCCCUGGCUGAAUUUACAGAUAUAAAGUGGGUAGUGUCUUGGUCACGCAGUUGAAUAAAUAGUAUAUAAUAGAACAGCAGCAUUGACUGCGUGUUUGUUUGUGUGUGUUUGUUUAUGGACAGUUGUGAGUGUGUGCUUGUGUGUAAGGGUUGGAUGUGUGGAGAGUCGGUGCAAAUAGUCACUAAGUCUCAGCUCUGUGCAGGAGACUGCUAGUGUUAGCUGUUCAGCAGUCUGAUGGCCUGGUGGUAGAAGCUGUCUCGGAGCCUGUUGGUCCGAGACCCGAUGCUCCGAUACCGCUUGCUAGAUGGUAACAGAGUGAGCAGUCCGUGGCUCGGGUGACUGGAGUCCUUGACGAUCUUCCGGGCCUUCCUCAAACACAACCUGGUGUAGAUGUCCUAGAGGGCAGGGAGCUUGCCCCCAGUGAUGUAUUGGGCCGUCCGCACAACCCUCUGUAGAGCCUUGUGGUUGAGGGCUGUGCAGUUGCCAUACCAGGCAGUGAUGCAGCCGGUCAAGAUGCUCUUGAUGGUGCAGCUGUUUUUCACCUCAGUGUUGGUGUGAUUGGGCCAUGUCAGGUCCUCUGUGAUGUGCACACAGAGGAACUUGAAGCUUUUGACCCUCUCCACUGCAGUCCCAUCAAUGUCAAUAGGGCCAUGGUCCCUCUCCUCUUUCCUGUAGUCCACAAUCAGCUCCUUUGUUUUGCUGAUGUUGAGGGAGAGGCUGUUUUCCUGGCACCACUCUGACAGGGCUCUAACCUCCUCCCUGUAGGGUGUCUCGUCGCCACCGGUGAUCAGGCACCACUGUCGUGUCGUCAGCAAACUUAAUGAUGAUAGUGUCCCGAGUGGCGCAGUGGUCUAAGGCACUGCAUCGCAGUGCUAGCUGUGCCACUAGAGAUCCUGGUUCGAAUCCAGGCUGUCGUAGCCGGCCGCGACCGGGAGACCCAUGGGGCGGCGCACAAUUGGCCCAGCGUCGUCCAGGGUAGGGGAGGGAAUGGCUGCCAGGGAUGUAGCUCAGUUGGUAGAGCAUGGCGUUUGCAACGCCAGGGUUGUGGGUUCGAUUCCCACGGGGGGCCUGUAUGAAAAAUAAAAAAAUAACUGUAAGUUGCUCUGGAUAAGAGCGUCUGCUAAAUGACUAAAAUGUAAAAUGUGUUGGAGUCGUGCGUGGCCUGAACACCUUGGGGCGGCCUGUCAGGAAUGUGUCAGGAAUGUGUUCAUACCCAGGGCCUUGAGAUUAAUGACGAGCUUGGAGGUGAAUAUGUUGUUGAAAGCUGAGCUGUAGUCGAUGAACAGCAUUCUCACAUAGGUAUUCCUUAAGAUGUCAAAUAAGACAAUAUGCUAGCUCCCUUGUGCAGUUUGCUUUAAAGACACUCUCCAGCUUUGAACUUUUCCGGUUGAAAAAUACUGUAUAAAUACAGUAAUGGACACACACUAAAAAAUAUAUACACUACCGUUCAAAAGUUUGGGGUCACUUAGAAAUGUCCUUGUUUUUGAAAGAAAAGCAAUUUUUUGGCCCAUUUAAAAUAACAUAAAAUUGAUCAGAAAUACAGUGUAGACAUUGUUAAUGUUGUAAAUGGCUAUUGUAGCUGGAAAUGGCUGAUUUUUAAUUUCUCUUAUGGAAUAGCCUUCAUUUCUCAGAACCUGAUGAGUUUCAGAAGAAAGUUAUUUGUUUCUGGCCAUUUUGAGCCUGUAAUCGAACCCACAAUUGCUGAUGCUCCAGAUACUCAACUAGUCUCAAGAAGGCCAGUUUUAUUGCUUCUUUAAUCAGCACAACAGUUUUCAGCUGUGCUAACAUAAUUGCAAAAGGGUUUUCUAAUGAUCAAUUAGCCUUUUAAAAUGAUAAACUUGGAUUAGCAAACACAACGUGCUAUUGGAACACAGGACUGAUGGUUGCUGAUAAUGGGCCUCUGUACGCCUAUGUAGAUAUUCCAUAAAAAAACAGCUUUUCCAGCUACAAUAGCCAUUUACAACAUUAACAAUGUCUACACUGUAUUUCUGAUCAAUUUUAUGUUAUUUUAAUGGACAAAAAAAUUGCUUUUCUUUUGAAAACAAGGACAUUUCUAAGUGACCCCAAACUUUUGAACGGUAGUGUAUGUUUUGAGCAAAAUAGUGUUUUUUAAACACAACUGUAAACUUCAAGGAGUAGGACAUUCAAUGAGUUUCUCUGAUGGUCUGAUGUGACAUCAUCGGCUUCCCCCCUUCCUUACGGGAACACUAGAGGUGAAAAAAGGAAAGGCCCCUCUUGUGCCAUGUCAUGUCAUACCUGGACCACCUAUUGAGAUGUGCCUUUUGCUAAGUAAAUCAGGUGUUAAAUUAGGUGAAAAAAGAGACUGGAGUAGGACUUUAAUAACUAGAAUUCAUUCAUUUUAUUAUUUGAUUUAUUCUCAGGAAAUUCCAGUCAUCAACCGGGGACAGCUUAUUGAUGAUGCAUUCAACUUGGCAAGGUAAUCUAAUCUAAGACUGAUACAUUCAUGGACUUCCUUCAACAUGUAUACUCUGAUAAACAUGUUUUACACAUUACAGUGAUUGCAUUUUCAUGGUUUGGGACCUUACAGAAAUUAUACUUUCAUGAUGUAAAUAAUAUCCUCUUUGGACGGCUAAGGUCUUCUGAUAUUAUAUAUUUUAUUUGUUUAUCAAGGGCCAAACAUAUCAAUGUGACACUGGCUUUGAGAACUACCAAGUACCUCCGGAAUGACACAGAGUACAUACCAUGGGAAUCAGCACUGAGAAACCUGGACUAUUUCAUUCUCAUGUUUGAUCGCUCCGAGGUCUAUGGCCCAAUGCAGGUCAGUCAUCAAAUAAAGAUACUGUACAUUAAAGUGCCCUUUUAUCAUAGCAAACUGUAUUCCUACAAAUUUAAAUGACAAAUAUGAGUGUAAUACAGUAUUUUUCCUAUGCUAUUUCCAGGCAUACUUAAGAAAGCAAGUUGGUGGCCUUUAUCAACAUUUUGAAAAUGUCACCAUGUUGUCUACGGUCCCAGAGAAGCAUUCUGCACAGUGAGAAACAUAUUUUCAUAAUCAUCAAAUAUUGCAACCCUCUGAACACAUCCUGUCUUUAAGUAUGUUAUUAACAUGUCAUUAUUCGUUCCCAGGUACAACCAGAUUAACGCCAUUUCAGUCGCAUGCAGCAAUGACAUUCCAGAGUGCCAAGAAAUGGCAAAAAUGCUAUUUGACAACUGGAUGACAAACAAAACUACCAAUUGGUAUGGAAUUGGGUUUCGUCAAGCCAACAUAGCCAGAUGCAUGCUAGUUCCUGCUGUACUUAGCACUGUAUUUCACAGUUGAAUGGGGUCGUCAUAUAAUUCAUAAAACAUAACACGUAAUCUGUAAUAUGCAUGACAUUGAUUAAAUAACCUAAUACCAAAAUGUUAUAUGCAAUUUUGGAUAUAUUGAGUGUAUUGAUCCUUUUAACUUUAAUGAACAGAUUCGGUUUCUCUCUUUAAUUGUCCCCACUGCCAUAGUAUACACCCUAACCUGAAGGCCACCAUCUACUGCCAAGCUAUAGCUGCUGGGGGAGAGAAGGAAUGGGAAUUUGCUUGGGGCAAGUUCGAGAAUGCCGCCACAGCCACAGAGAAAGACAAACUAAGAUAUGCCCUCUCAUGCACCAGGAAGAUCUGGCUCCUGAACAGGUUAGAUAGUUUUCCGUCUGUACCACCCUCUUCGGGAUAUAAACUUUAGUUGCUGUGCAAAGACCAUUUAUCAGGCAUUUCCUUCUCAUCUUGCAGAUACCUUGAGUACACUUUGAACCCUGACAAGAUAAGAAAAAUGGAUGCAGUUUCUACCAUCAGCUACAUAGCCAGAAAUGUGGCAGGGCAAGCAAUAGCCUGGAAUUUUGUACGCGCAAACUGGAACUACAUCAGCUUGGAGUAUGUUUUUUUCUGUUGUUAAUUACUGUAUAUAUAUAUCAUGUUCCUUUCCAACUAAAAUAAUGGACCCAUGACUUAUUAGCAUUUAUUUUGUAUGGUGUCUCAUAAAGUGUUGUGUAAAAAUCACCUAAAUAAACCUCAAGGAAGGUGUAGACCAGUCAAACAAGUCGGGUACAAAGGUCUCCUUGGCCAAUCAGAGGAAAUCACCUCUAAUUUAUCAUUUAUUUGUUUGGAGUUGCCUGUAUCUCCUGUUUCUGUAGCGUGAGGCAGCUUGAUGUACAAGUACACCCCCUGGACAGGACGCUAGUCUAUCUCCUGUUUCUGUAGCGUGAGGCAGCUUGAUGUACAAGCACACCCCCUGGACAGGACGCUAGUCUAUCUCCUGUUUCUGUAGCGUGAGGCAGCUUGAUGUACAAGUACACCCCCUGGACAGGACGCUAGUCUAUCUCCUGUUUCUGUAGCGUGAGGCAGCUUGAUGUACAAGUACACCCCCUGGACAGGAUGCUAGUCUAUCUCCUGUUUCUGUAGCGUGAGGCAGCUUGAUGUACAAGUACACCCCCUGGACAGGAUGCUAGUCUAUCUCCUGUUUCUGUAGCGUGAGGCAGCUUGAUGUACAAGUACACCCCCUGGACAGGACGCUAGUCUAUCGCAGAGUGCCAAGCAGAGACGCAUCAGGUCCCAUUUUUACAGUCUUUGGUAUGACUCUGCCAGGGAUUGAACUCAACCUUCCGAUCUCAGGGCAGACACUCUAACCACAAGGCCACUGAGUUGCCAGGCAGUCAUCUAAAUUGGCUUCUAUCAAACUGCUUGCUGAGCAAACAUGCUCAUCUCACCUCUCCCCUCCGCUCUCCUCCUCAGGUACGGAGGAGGGAUCAUGUCACUUGGCAACCUGAUUGAUGGAGUGACACAGAGAUUUUCCACUGACUUUGAGCUUGAAGAGGUGAGCGUCUCCCUAUUGGUAACAGGCAAGGCCCACAACGCUAUCUGAGUCACAAACCUCUCCUCCGUCUUGAUGACUGAAUAGAAUGCAGUGAUUUAGUUUUCAUGUCUGGGGAUGAGAGACUAGGUUCAGCUGGUGGGAGUUGAGUUUUGAGUAAUUACUGGUUUCCGCCCUAAUUCAAACUUUUCCCUGAUUGUUAUUGUGCAGCUGGGACAGUUCCUGACCGACCAUGAUGUAGAAGAACUGCGUUUGGCAAUCAGGGCCCUAGAGCAAGCCACUGAGAGAACUGAGGCCAACAUUAAAUGGGUGAAGGAAAACAAGCAGACUGUUCUGGAGUGGUUUAAAAAAGAGUCAAGGCAAGAGCAGCUGAACUGAGCUGAUAGGAUGAGAACCAGAUGGACCAGAGUGCCAUGAUUUUGAACACACCCUGUAUUUGACUUGAGUCUUAGGGUGUAUUAAAUAGUCGGAUUCUGUUGCAAAAUGUUUAGUCUGUUGCAAACUGUUUACUCUAGGAAGCAAACAGAGCAAACGUAACCAAACAGGGAGGGAAACUCUUUUUUUCCUUGCAAAACAUUUUCCAUUUGGAGUAAAUGUUUUCCGUUGCAAAACAUUUUACAACAGAUCAAAUGUUUUGCAACAGAAUCCAACUAAUGAAUACACCCUUGGUUUCAUUCCAAUUAGAUCCGAAAACAGGUUUCAUAUAAUCAACAUGUAAUAUAAACCUAAAAUAAAUGUAGAUUUCAAUGUUUUUGUCACUUGUAAUUCAACAAGACGAGAAAUUAUAAUCUAUUUUAUUUAAACAAGUAACAUUCCACCAUUUGUUGUUUGAGACAAUAUUGUUUACACUGACAGUCACAUCCAAAGAAAACGCUUUCUCAGGUUGACAACUACAAUUAUUUUGAUAAAAGACUAUCAAACAACACAUAACUAUAGCAAUACAAUGUCUUACUGUAUGUAUUUGUAAAAAUAUGUAUUAUGUGUCAAAGUAUUGCAUAUUGCCGUUUUCCUUUUUAUUUUCUUAACAUUUUAGUCAUUUAGCAGACACUUUUAUCCAGAGCGACUUACAGUAGUAGUGAGUGCAUACAUUUCCAUACUUUUUAUUAGUUUUAAUAAAAUUGAUUGAAGUUAGAUUGGUAAAAGGACUAGAUUGAGUUUGGGCUAUUGUGUCGGGGGAGUGAGACGAAUAUUCACCAAUAAAUAUAACAUUAUUGUAUCUAAGUGUAUUAUUUCACACAAUAUGUUAGUAACGGGCUCAGAAAAAUAGUAAUACAUUAUGGUACAUACUGUAGACAAGUAAUGUAGCUAUUGAUUCAUGUUGGUAAUCCAAACAAGUUUCUGAUCUAUUUUGGAGGACGCAUGAUUUCAAAUCAACUACAAUAGUUUACUUAUUCUACUGUAGCCUAGAUCUAAGUGGCUACUUCAUACAUUUGCACAUGCAGAUAUUCUGAUUAGCAGGCAACGUUUACUACUCUACUAGUCAAAGCUAUAACUCCAUCCUUGCAUGAUCACUCUUACCCAAGUGAUGGUUUACAUUUUGGACACAUCAUUAGAACAACAACACCAUCAAAUAAAUUGCCAUUAGUUUUAUUACAAGGUUAGCCUUGUACAUAUGAUUUGUACCCUUCUACAGACAAUUCUGCAUUUUCAAUAGAGAGAUAGUAGAGGAGUAAAGCCUGUAUGAUGAUUCCCAAAGAGAGGCUUUACACCCCAUAUCAAAGGUACCCUGCAAUACCAAGAUUUGUCAACGUCUUAUAGAAGAGUCUAUAUUACAUGCAAAAUAAAAAACAACAUAAAAAAUGAAAUGCCCCUCUUCCUCUUUUGUGUGCAUAUGCUGCACAAGCAACGUUGGAGGCUGGAACCAUGGAGCACAAACCAACACAGGAAUAAGGAGGUUUUACUGUGCAAUUCCAUUAAUCUCCUCAAUCAUCCUAACAUAGAAAUAGCAGUCAAAUAGGGGUGAUAGGGGCAAACGUUGAAAUGGGGUGUCAUAAAAGAUAUACAGUACCGAGAAAAAGAAAUAAUUUAUGUUCAGUGAAUAGACUGUAGAUCAGGAAUGGGAAACUUUGAUGGGGGUGGUGCUACCACAAAAAAUCUGAACUCAUGAGAGGCCGCAGUUGCUCGCGGGUCUGCGUACCCACAUCUACCCUUCCCCCUCUUGGCCUCCAUCUUGACAGCGGAGAGAAAUGUUUUACGUUUUUGAGUACAUUUUGUGCAAUUCUACACAUUUUGCAAUAGGGUGUAGAGAAAAUGUUGCAGUUUCAAAGCAAGUUUUAUGUAAUUCUACACAUUUUGCCAUAGGGUGGAGAGGUAUUUUUGCAGUUUUUAAUAUGAUAUCUGAGUGAGACUGACUAACAAAAUCUAUGGGGGACCCCCGGCCAGUAAUUCGACCAUGAUAACAAGUUUAGAUAACUGGCCACUAAACUAACUUAGCAAUCUAAAAAAUGUUAGCUUACAUGGGUAAAUUGACUGACUAUCAGUGACUGACAUAAGAGAAAAACUGCUGAUGGACAACCACAUUUUGAAAUUGCACCUUGUGUAUUCUACUAUUCUAACUUACAACAGUAAGUUGAAAAAAACGAAUUGAUCCAAGGCCCCAUGGGCCGUCAGUUGCCCAUCCCUGCUGUAGAUCAUAUUUGUGCUGUAGAUCAUAUUUGACAUGUUUUCCCAAAGAUAACAAAGGGAAAAAUAAACUUACAUUGCUUACCUAAAUGAUUCCCUAUGUGGUUACAGUAAACAAGGACUAAAUAUGUGUGGAAAGCAAAUAAAUUGUGCCUCAGGAAUCCCCCACCCCUUACUCCUUCCUCCUCAUCUUCUCCCUCGUCCUGGCCCUCCAACUUCGUUGCACUGCUGACUGCUGACAUCUGAUUUGUUGGCCAUUAUUUUGUCUUUCCACGAUGCUCCUGCCUUUUCGUCGCCUGCAAAAUUGCACUUGGUCACUGUGCCUCCAUCGACUUUGGCCAAGGAAACUGAAAGGGCAGACGACAACUAAGUACACAAUGCUGUUAUAACUUAGAGCUGGGAAAUUCCACAGUGACAGAGUGAUGCUGAUUCACUUCAAAAUGUAUGCUAAACGAUUGCAACGUUAAACAAACCAUACAACUCUAUGCACAAGGACGACUUUUAACAAUUUCCACAGAAAAUCUUACAAAAACACAUUUACUUGAAGAACAGUGCAGAUGCAAAGUAACAGAAUGAAUGCUGUUCAAACUCAUUCUGUUACCAAAAUUUGCAUCUGCACUGUUGCUCAAGUAAAUUUGUUUUUGGAAUAUUUUCAGUGGUAAUUGUUCAAAAAUGUCCUUGUGCAUAUAUGGUUUGUUUAACUUUGCAAUCAUUGGUUUUUGUUUGACAUAGAUUUUAAAGUGAAAAUCUGAGUUCUCUACUUUUCAAAGGAACAUCGAACGUACAAAUGAAUGGGCCAUCGCCUUUGGUUUUCAGUCGAAUGUCCUGGCCUGUUUCUAGUUCAGUCUUGUCCAUCUCUCCCAAUGGGUGCCAGAAAGCGUAGGUCCCACUGGGACAGUGUUUCCCUGUCACAUUCACCAGAUCCUCAUUAGUCACUAGGUUUUCCAGCUGGACCUCAGUGAGGCAAUCAGUCUCUCCUUUAGCCUCCACCUCUGCAUGGUGGUAGUAACCAACAAACACACCAGUUCAGACAGCACCACUAGAGUUGUUUUACAAUACAAAAAAUAUAGUAUUGUGGCAAAUGUAUUCAUGUAAGUUUGUACAUGAUUCUGAGAGUCCUUUAUAGGUGUUUCAGCGUAAAGUGUACCAACAAGAUAUCUUUAAAAAAUAAUCUGUGAAUCAUCCGACUGUAGGCUUAUUCAUAUAUCAUUGUAUGAAGUGGAUAAGAAUACUCACUGAAUGAUGACAAGAGAUAACCUGUGUUGACCUUUUUGGUAUCACUGAAGUUUGGUUCUAUUUCCAUUCCUGUAGCAUCAAAUUUCCUCUGGUGGAUUUGACUGGGUUUGAUGUAUAAGACAUAGAAACGUUCCUGCCAAAUCAUCACAAUAUGUUGCAAUCUGACAAAUUAGGAGUCCUAGAAAACCAAGUAGGCCUAGUUCCUCAUGCAGUCAUACUUUCAUAGUACAAAUAGCGAACAGUAGGACUACUGUAGAGCAGAGUAGAACAAUUAAAUCAAUAAUAUAGCCUAAUAACAAUAACAUAGACUCAUCAUAUUUAAUUGAGGUUAUUCCAUGAUGUCAGUUUACCUUAUGUUUUGUUGACAUCAGUAAUAACAUGGCGUGAGACAUCAACCAACUUUUCCUCUAAUAUGACACUUAGACCACAGUGGGGGGAAAAUAUUGUAGGCUACUGUAUACAAUUUUGCAGGGCUGUUAAUGCGCGAGUUCAUGUUUCCUCUCUAUCUCUCUCAAUUACCUCGAACAAUGAGCCGAAUUUAUCACAAUACAUCCUUGAAGAGUAAACCUAUUCAUAAUGAGAAGAUUGGGCACGCUAGUCCCCAUCAUCAUUUCAGAGGUAUAAUGCCGUGACGCGGAUCAAAGCCAGGCAAUGAUGCUGGCUGCAGAGAAUCAGAGAUACAAUGUAAUUCUGCAUAAAGAUAAAAAUCUAAAUGUUCUAUUAAAUGCUCUAGAUAGCUAUGUGUGUGUGUAUGAGCGAGUGAGAGAGCGCUAUCUAGAGCAUUUAAUAGAACACUAUUAGAUGUUGAUCUCUAUGCAGUAUUACAUUGUAUCUUUAUGCAGAAUUACAUUGUGUCUCUGAUUCUCUGCAGCAAGCAUCAUUGCCUGGCUUUGAUCCGCGUCACGUCAGUAUACCUCUGAAAUUAGGAUGGGUACUACGCGUGCCCAAUCUUCUCAUUAUGAACAGGUUUAUUCUGCAAGGAUAUAUUGUAAUACAUUCGGCUCAUUGUUCAACGUUGAUAAAGCAACAUUUACACUGUUUUUAUACUCGAAAAACCGAAGCAAAACUCUCCCGUGACUUCCUGAUUCUACGUCAAACGGGAAAAGUUGGAAAACGUUUUGAUACGCUUUUGUUUAAAAAGUCGGUGUGCCCCGAAAUUAUGUAAUUGAAACGCCACAGGAAUUGUUGGCCAGUCGGUGUCUGCGCCAACAGCAGUGACUUACAG